CUUCCCAUCAAUUAGCAUUGAAAAUGUCAAGACCAUUCCAGCCAAUCAGCGAUGUAAUCAAUACCAGUCCGCCCAAGCGUCAAACACAAUCAUUCAAUGAGAUAUACGGCGAGCCCGAAGACUUUCUCGAGGUAGAAGUACGAAAUCCCGUCACCCACGGGUAUGGUCUGAACUUAUUCACCGACUAUGAGAUUGUGUGUCGGACCAACAUCCCCGCAUUCAAGAAACGCAACAGUCGCGUUCGCAGAAGAUAUAGUGAUUUUGUAGUUUUCCGCAAGAUUCUCGAACAGGAGACCACUAGGGUGAUCAUCCCGCCUUUACCGGGGAAAAUCUUGUUGAAUUCGAAUAAAUUCGACGAGUUGAAUAUCGAAAAGAGACGACAAGGGUUGGAAAAGUUUCUCACCACUGUUGCGGGGCAUCCCUUAUUACAAACUGGGAGUAAGACAUUGAUUGAAUUUAUCCAGAAUGAAAAGUGGGAUGCCAAAUUUGCUAAUUAUUAGGGCAAAAAAAUCUAUGUAGUUUAUAGAGCAGCAUAUUAAUGAAAAUUUUACG